CAUCGCAUUGACAUCUCCUAUUCAUCUUCAUCAUCUCUUCUUGAGGACCCAAUCCCAAGCUCCCAUCCCAAUUGCAGUCUCCUGCUAACCAUUAGUUCUCUGACGAGUAAGAAAUGUCUCAACAAGCUCUUCUUGGAGACGCAUGGAUUCGAGAAGCCCAAGAGGCUUCGAGGUUGAUAGAAGAGAUGGAGAGUAGAAUCAAAGACCAGAACCCAGGAAAGAGUGUCAGAGACAGUGCUCGCCGGAAGCUUUUGGAGCUUGGACCCAAGCUCGACCGUUUGGAAUCCCUUCUUCACAACCCACCUGCGAAACCCAUUUUGACCGAUCAAGAUCUGGAUAUGCGACAAAACAUGCUAUCAGACCUUCAGCUAAGGACAAGAGAAAUAGCCCUUAGUCUCUACAGAUUAAAAGUCCCAAUCAGUCCUGGGAGUUUGCCUGCUAAAGCUAUUGAAGAACCUUCGAAAAUGAUUAGCAGCAAUGGCCAAGAUGAUACAAAGUCUACAUUCUGUACACAAGAACAUGAGCUGCUGGUUUCUGUAUUGAAGCAGAAAGAUGAUGCAACCAGAAGUCAAUUGCAGAGAAGACAAACCGUUUCCCUUGGUUGGAAAAGAUGGAUUUGGAAUGUUUGCUGGAUUAUCUUCUUGGUGUUGGCUGCUGCUGCACUAGUGCUCGUUUUGGUUCUUGUCUGUGCAGUAAUCUAACCUACUUGAAGAACUGGAUAUUGGAAGUUGUCUCUUGAAUUUAUGGAGCAGCAUUUGUUCAGUUCCUUCAUCAGGGGAGUGUCAAAUAGCUAAACAAAAGAACAAAUUAAAACGUCAAAUGUGCUUAGCGUUUACUGCUGGGGUCAGAGAACCCACCUAUGAAGAACUGUAUAAUUUCUGCCUUCUCUUGAUGGAUAUGAGAAGUAGCAUCUUCACCGGAAGACUUCAAUCGUCCUGUUACAUUGCUUUGACAUACUGAUCAUGGAUGCUCAUCAAUUUGGAUGACGACGAAUUGUUAUUUUUUUG